AUGGCGGGAGAAGACAAUAACGAGGAUGACAAUAGCGAUUCGGACGAUGCGCCCGAGGAGUUCACUCUGUCGCAGGGACGCGAGCGGGUGUCGCAGCAGCGCCAGCAGGAGGCGGAAGCGCGCCGCAUGGUUGCCGAGGCUGACAGAAAGGUUCGGCAAAAGCGAGCAGGCUUGGUAGCGAAGGGAGAGGAGGGGGAGGGAGGGGAAGAGGGAGAGGGGGUGGAGCGGCGGAGCAAGGAGGCGGAGAGGAAGGCGAAGCGCAGGCGCGAGCUGGAGGGGCGCGCGGAGAGGCGCACGCGGCGGAAGGGGGCGGCGGAGGGGGCAGACGAGGCGGCGGGGUCGUUGGUACCUGCAGAGGCAAGGGGUGGUGCUCGGGAGGAGGGGACGGAGGGAGGGGCGGGAGCGGGCGGGGAGGAGGGGGAGGGCGCGGUGGAGGGGGGCGCGGUGGAGGGGGGCGACCUGCUUCCCGCGGACGUGAUUGCUGCCGUCACACGACGCCAGCACACCAGGUUCACAGAAGCGCAGGAGGAGAGGGCACGGGCAGCAGUGGGGGCGAAGAAGCAGCGGGCGGGGCGGGGCGGCAGCAGGGGCAAGGACAGCCACACAUCAGCCGUCAUCGGCACACGGUCGGACGGGGCCAUAGUGAUCCAGGCGGGGGCGCCGGCCCCCGAGGGCGAGGAGGCGGUGCGAGCCAUCAUGCGCGCGGCGCAGGGCUUUCGGCACGGCGUGCUGUUUGGGCGGCAGCGGUCGCUGGCGGCGCUGGGGUUUGUGGACUCCAAGGCGCUCAGGGUGGCGGGGCAGUGGCGCGCAGAUAAGCACCUCGUGGCGGGGGGGGGAGGGGGGUGCCCGGCGUGCAUGAUGGCCCGCGCGCAGACAAGCACCUUGUGGCGGGGUGUGCGGGCGUGCAAGGGGGUGUGGGGGUGCGGAGAGGAGGCGGCAAGAAGAAGAGGAGGGGCCGUGGAGGCGGGCACAGUGGGUGGUGAUGAGGGGAUGAGGGGAGGCAUGGGUACAGUGGGUGUUGAUGAGGGGAUGAGGGGAGGCAUGGGUACAGUGUGGGUGGGAUGGGUGGAGAGGUGGAGGGAGGCCAAGGGGAGCAGUGGCAAUGGGGCGAGAGGAGGUAUGGUGGUGCAGGCGAGUGAUGAUGGGGUUGGAUUCAGAGCAGGCCGGGCAGGCUAUCUCCGCUGUAGCUACUGUUCCAAGUGCUCUCAGCGUGCUUCCGUGUGCACAGUAACCAUGCAUGAUGGGAUUGAUGAUGCCGCAAGGGCACAUGUGACAUGUGAGCAUGCAUACAGUUUUGCAUGGGAAGAGCAGCGACGAGCAGAUCAAGGGAACGGCUGA